AUGAAGAUGAUUUACACUCUUUUUCUUUUCGCUCUUCUCUCAUCAGCUUGCUGCCAUGCUUUUGUCAAUGAUUUCUGCGUAGCAAACGUAACGGGUCCUGUUGGCCCUUCAGGCUAUGAGUGCAAGCCACCCAACACAGUAACAGUGGAUGACNAAUAUGGUGAAAAGGAANUAAGAUGCAUAGAAAGAGAGAGGGAAGCACUUCUCCGAUUCAAGGCUGNCNUUGUAGAUCGCUAUGGCAUGCUCUCUUCUUGGACCACUCCUCACUGUUGCCAAUGGCAGGGAAUUCGCUGCUCCAACCUCACUGGACAUAUUCUAAUGCUCGAUCUGCACGCAGAAUUUCAUUACGAAUUCUCUUUCAAUUAUUUCAAUGAAUUUUGGUCAAAACGUUUUAUCAGCGGAGAGAUCUACAAGUCGUUGAUGGAGUUGUCACAAUUACAGUAUUUGAACCUCAGUUCUAAUUCUUUCCCAGACAGCAAUAUUCCAGAGUUUCUUGGCUCUCUUAGCAACUUGAGAUACCUCGAUCUUUCAUCAUGUGGUUUUGAUGGAAAAAUUCCAACCCAAUUUGGGUCUCUUUCUCAUUUGAAAUACUUAAAUCUCGCUGAUAAUUUUUUGGAGGGUCCAAUCCCUCGUCAACUUGGAAACCUCUUUCAGUUGCAGCAUCUUGAUCUCAGCUACAAUGAUUUGGAAAGGAAUAUACCAAUUCAACUCGGAAAUCUCUCUCAGUUAGAAUAUCUUGAUCUCCGGGGCAAUGAUUUGGAAGGGAAUAUACCAAGUCAACUUGGAAACCUGUCAAACUUACAUGAGCUUUAUAUUGGACUUGGUGGUGCUCUAAAAAUUGGUGAUGGAGGUCAGUGGUUAUCUAAUCUCAUUUCUUUAACCCAUCUUUACUUGACAUCCAUAUCAAAUCUUUAUCAUUCUCCGCAGAUGAUUGGUAAGCUACCAAAAUUAAGAGAAUUAAGUUUAUUACAUUGUAGCCUUACUGAUAAUUUUUUCCUUUCAUUGAGGCCAUCUAUAUUCAAUUUUUCUACUUCCCUCAUUGUCCUUGAUCUGUCCCAGAACACCCUCAUGUCAACAAUGAUAUUCCAAUGGGUGGCAAACUUCACUCCCAACCUUGUUGAGCUUCACCUUAGUGAUAAUCUCAUAGAGGGUUAUGUACCAAAUCACUUUGGUCUUGUAAUGAAUUCACUUGAGCACCUUAACCUCUUCAUUAACAGAUUCAAGGUUGAGGUUUUGCAAUCUUUCAUGAAUAUAUGCACCUUAAAAUCUUUAAGCAUGGGUGGAAACAGUUUGAACCAAAGUCUUUCACCAAUUCUUCAUAAUUUGUCUAAUGCUUGUGCUAGAAAUUCACUACAAGAAUUAGAUCUGUCAUCUAGUCAAAUCAAUGGUUCUUUCCCAGAUUUCUCCAUAUUCACAACUUUGAAAAUAUUAGAUCUUACUGGUAAUCAAUUAUCUGGAAAGAUACCUGAAGGCAUAUUACCGUCUCUAUUGGAGUCAUUGUCACUCUCAUCCAACAUUUUAGAAGGUGAAAUUCCAAAAUCAUUUGGAGAUACAUGCACUUUACGUUCAUUGGACAUGUCUUAUAAUUUAUUAAGUGGCGAGUUUUCAUUGAUAUUUCAACACUUGUCUGAAUGUGCUAAAAACGUGCUACAAGAUUUGAUGUUGGGAGGAAAUAAUAUCAAUGGCACAUUCCCUGACCUUUCAAGAUUUUCAAACCUGAAAAUAUUGGAUCUUUCAGAAAAUCAAUUAAGUGGAGAGAUACCAGAAGGUAACCAAUUGCCAUCUCAGUUGGACUCUCUCUCAAUUGGAUCAAAUACUUUAGAAGGUGGAAUUCCAAAAUCAUUUGGCAAUGCAUGUGUUUUGCGGUUGUUGGAUAUGUUUAACAAUAGCUUGAGUGAAGAGUUUCCAUUGAUAGUCCAUCACUUAUCUGGGUGUGCUAGAUAUUCAUUGGAAAGCUUAAAUCUAGGCUGGAAUCAAAUCAAUGGUACAUUGCCUGACCUCUCAAUUUUCUCGUCUUUAAAAAUUCUAUAUCUUGAUGCAAACAAGUUGAAUGGGGAGUUUCCUAAUGAUAUUCAAUUUCCACAUCAAUUGGAAGAACUUUAUAUGCAAUCAAACUCCUUAAAGGGUGUGCUAAGUGAUUACCAAUUUGCCAAUUUGUCAAAGUUAAAUUCAUUAGACUUAUCUGGAAACUCUUUAUUAUCCUUGAAAUUUACUCAAGAUUGGGUCCCACCUUUUCAAUUAAGGAAAGUAGGAUUGCAAUCAUGCAUCCUUGGUCCAACAUUCCCCAAAUGGUUACAAACACAAAACGAGUUUUACGAUUUGGAUAUUUCAAAUGCUGGAAUAUCAGAUAUGGUUCCGAAGUUGUUUUGGACUAAAUUAGCAUUGCGAAAACGGGUUUCAAUGAAUAUUUCAUGCAAUAGUCUACAUGGUAUAAUUCCGUAUUUUCCAACAAAGAAUCCUUAUGAUUCUCUUAUUCUUAGAUCAAAUCAAUUUGAAGGUCCUAUUUCCCCAUUUCUUAGAAGUUCCAUAUUGCUUGAUUUAUCUAAGAAUAAGUUUUCAGGCUCUCUUUCAUUUUUAUGUGUGGGUGAUCCAAUUGGAAAAUUAUACCAGUUAGACAUUUCACAUAAUAACUUGUCUGGACAAAUUCCAGAUUGUUGGAGCCAUUUCAAGUCAUUAGCUUUUUUGGAUUUGAGUCAAAAUCAAUUGUCAGGAAAGAUUCCUACUUCAAUAGGAUCCCUCCUGUAUCUUCAUGCAUUGUUUUUGAGAAACAACAACUUAACAUAUGGCAUUCCUUUCUCCUUAAGGAAUUGCACAAAUCUAGUUGUGAUAGAUAUUGCGGAAAACAAUUUAUCAGGAUCUAUUCCUGGUUGGAUUGGGAGCAAAUUAGAAAACUUGCAAUAUUUAAGUUUAAGAAGGAAUCAUUUCCAAGGAAACUUACAUUGCAAAUUUGUUACCUAA